UUUCAGCUUUGGAUCGGAUAAUAUUAUUCUUAGGAUUAAUUAACUUGAAGAAUAAUGAGUACCAAGAGAUUUCAGUUAGAAAACUACAAAAAGUAUUUACUAAAUAGGAAUACUGCUUCUACAGUGGUCAUAUCAUACAUCGAAAAUUGUAUAGUUACCGAAGAUGAAGCCGCUAAGCAUUCUUUUCAUAAAAUUAUGGUUCAUAACUGGCCAGGGAGUCACAUCGAGCUUUUUGAUACGCUGAUGGACUACUUUCAGUCGUCUUUCACUCCCGUGAACUGUACAUCUCAAGGAGAAAUAACCACAUUUUAUACAAGCAGCCUGAACUUUGUCAUGAAAGUUGUGAAACAUGAUUUCAUGUUCCCAUACCAGCGCAACAUGUUCAACUUGGACUUGCUGUUCAACGACAGAAGUUCUGCGGACUGCUUCGACAACAGGGUGACGGUGGACGACGUGGUGGCUGGAGUGGUCAGCAACAGGAUGAGUGACAAGCAUGAACUGGACUUGUCUAAUUUUGAUAAAGACCCAGAAUUUAUAGAAAAGAGAAUACACUUCUAUAAGUUGUCCAUGUUAUCACAGUACAAAUUAUUGAUGAUUCGCAUGGGAAGAGACACAAAGUCCCUGAAUUUAAGCAAUAACAAUCUAAGUACAAUACCAGUGGACCUAUUGAACUUCUUCAUCAAAGGAGAUUUAACUGCCAUCAAUUUAAGUCAUAAUGAGAUACCUGCCUUAUCAGAACUACAAAGAAUCAGUAGUAAAAUAGAGAAACUUUGGAUUGAGGGCAACCCACUUUGUGAGAACCUAGACCCCUCAACAUAUGUGAAAAACAUUGUUAUGCGGUUUCCAAGACUAACAGAACUGGAUGGUAUAACCCUAAACCAACACGGCGUAAUGUUGCCAUUCUUCAAAAACUUCCUAGAGACGCCCGACAAAAGAACCAAGAUGGUUGUAGAGAAGUUUCUCACCUUGUACUUUGCUCACUAUGAUUCAAAUCGAAAGAAACUUCCUAACUUCUAUGAUGGCAAAGUUUCCUUAACCAUAAACACAUCAUUCACUGAAGCAGAAAGAGCGGCGCUUCCACCAGCCUACACGAACUUCACCCGCAACGCGUUGGACCCGCAGAGACGUAAACAAUUCCGCAGUAAGGUGUUCCGGAAUAGUCACUCAUGCGUCCACGCUCUAUGCUCGCUGCCCAGGUCUGAACACGACCCUACUACCUUUUCCGUGGAUGUGCUGAGACAUGAUAAAAAAUGUAUGAUCCUGGUGGUAGAUGGUACAUACCGUGAGAAGUCAUUCAACCCAGAACAGCCGGACCGCUACUUCCGGUUCCGGCGUACGUUCGUGUUCAACAUCUACAAUAUGACCCCCAACUCCGUGUACCACAUCAACAACGAGAUAUUCUCUAUUUCUUUCGCCACUAAGGAACACAUUGACAAUAGCUUUCAGAUUCCAAUAAGGAAUAUGAACUCCUUGGUUCUUAUAAAUCCGGAGUCAGAAGAAAGAGAAGCGAUUAGCAGAGCAUUCACACACAUUACGCAGUUGAAAAAGACUGAAGUGGAAUUGCGUCUGAAAAUCCAUAGCUGGGAUCUAAGAAGUGCAGUCAAGGAAUUUUGGGACGAAUUAAAGAAGAAUAAAAUAUCAGCCGACAAAUUUAUUGAAGAUGAUUACGACGAUUUCUCCGAUACAUCCUCAUUGAUAGAUGAAGUCGACUAAAUAAAGAUUUAUGUAAUUUAUA